GGCGGGCACCUCUACGGCCCCGUCUACGUCUCCAGCCUCAGAGGCCUUCGUGGCAGCCUUCCCUCUCCGGACGAGGCCUCGCGACAGUCACAGACGGCGACGUCGAAAAGGCCCGUCAGUACUGUGAGAACCAGCUCAAGUCUACAAGGUGACUACGAAGCUUUUCUCCUCCGACAAUUUGUCCCUCCUUCCUCUCGGGACGCCUACAACGCUCUCCGUACCCUGAACCUCGAACUUGCCCGUCUCCCCGAGACAGUUUCCAACCCGACCAUCGCACGCAUGCGCGUGUCCUUUUGGCGUGAAACCGUGAAUAGCGUCUUCGCCGGCAACCCUCCACGCGAGCCCAUUUCCAUCCUCCUCCACCAAGCCAUCCAAGACCUUCAAGACCGCGCCGGCCCCAGCAGCGCCAGCUCUCUCAAGUUCUGGCUCCUACGCUUGAUCAACACGCGCGAGCAACACAUGGAAAACAGGCCCUUUGUCAGCUUGAACUCGCUGGAAGACUACGCCGAGAAUACGUACGCGACGCUGAUGUAUAUGACCUUGGCUUCCAUGCCUUUGCGAUCAGUACAUAUGGACCACCUGGCUAGUCACAUCGGCAAGGCGUGCGGCAUCGUAGCCACACUACGUGGCAUUCCCGUUCUCGCCGCUCCAUCGCAGCCCAUCCAGGGCCCGGCUGGGAGCGUGGGCAACACCCGGCAUCCCGCCCUGCUACUACCCCUCGAUGUGAUGGCUGAGGUGGGGGUCAGAGAAGAAGAUGUCUUUCGCCACGGACCCAACGCUGAGGGACUGCAGGAUUCCGUGUUCAAGGUGGCUACAAGGGCCAAUGACCAUUUGAUUACGGCGAGGGAGAUGUUGAAGAACUUGAAGGCCGGGGAAGAGGCGGGCCAUGAUUAUGAGCAUGAGGGAGAACAAGAGCAUGUCUACUCCAGCGGUGGGGUCGACGCAACGCAAGCUGAUAUCAAGAGGGGGUUUGGGGUGCUGUUGGAAGCAGUCCCGGCUGCCGAUUACUUGGAAAGGUUGGAGAAGGCUGAUUUCGACCCGUUCAAAGUCAAGGCGAGCUGGAAGCUUCCCUGGAGGUUGUGGCGUGCUCUGAAGACACAGCACAUUUGA